AUGACAAGUCCUAUGUCAGAGAGACUGGCUUUGACUCCAGUGAAUCGAAUGCCUACUUCGGCGUCAGGUAGGGAUUCAAGUUCAAGAACCCCUUUGACAAAUGAAGUCAUAUGGAAGCGACUGCGUGAAGCUGGGUUUGAUGAGGACUCCAUUAAACGCAGAGAUAAAGCAGAGUUAAUAUAUUUCAAUGUAUUUUUAUGUAAUGCUUGGCCAGAUCUAUCCUUCUUUCUGACGCAUCGUCAAUUUGAUCAGUGCCGAUCUUUGAAAUCUCUUUUCUCCAACAUCAAUGAGGACAAGGACCGAGGAUGGAUGAGCCGGUUUGUUCAUAUCAGGACCUCCGAUCUGAUCCCUGCUGAGAGGAUGCCAUUCCCUAAGGAAUGCAACAUAAAACCUGUUCCUUGGUUUCCUAGCGCGGUCUCGGACCUUACAGAAACGGCCCAACGCCUUCAGGAUAAGAACGAAGAGGGAGAAGAUGAUGGCUGUCUGUUGGUGGCUCGGAAAAGACGAAGCACCAACGCUUCGAAGACCACUGAACCGAUGGUGGCUGGUGCAGUUCAAUCUCUAAUCGAAGAAAUUUUGGAGGGGAGCUCGAGCAAAGUCCCCAAGCCAUCAGGUGGAAAAAGUGUGUCUCGUCUUGGGGAACAUUUGGUGGGCGAGCUCGAAGAGCCUAAUUUUGAGACCCUCCAAAGAAAGAAUAAUAUCCUAAGUGAAUCACUUGGGAUAAUCAAUGUAGAUGACUUGUCAAAGGGCCAGGUGUUCUCCGAGGUGCAAUUCCGAGAUGCCCAGGCCAUGAGGACUCCUAAUGUGGGAACAACCCAUGAAGGGAGUGAUAUCUUUUGGGAAUGCCUUGCGGGCAUCGAAGAUGGUCCUGAUCCUGACGCCUCAUUUAUUUUUGAUGAGGUCGAAAAUCUUCUCAAACAAGAGGAAAGCUUGGCCUGGAGCUGCAAAAUCGAAGAGCUCGAAGCUAAAUCAGCCGUUGAGCUUGCGAAGGCCAAAUCUGAGGUAGAAGCAUCUGUGUCCUCGUACCGAGAUGAUGCCGAAGCUUCUAACACUCGGGUAGAGAAGAUCUCCAUUGCGGCUGAAGUUAAGUUAUCAUGUGCUCUCAACCAUGCCAUACGACAAACCCGGAGAGAAACUCUCGAUGAGGUGCACGCUCGUGGCUUUGACCUCUCAGCUGAUAUUGAAAAAGCAAAAACAUUGGAGGAAGAGGCUGCUGCUUUGCUCUCCGAUGACGAGGAUUCCGCUAGUGGCUACGAGAGCGGAGGAGAUGAGGACGAAGUCCCCAAGGGGGAGGUUCCCGAAGAUGCGGCUCCCGAUGAUGCAGCUCCCGAGAAUGUGGCUUCCGAAGAUGUGGUUCCUGGGGAUGUGGCCCCGAAGUAG